UAGAAAAGUAGAUGCGACAAACUACCGUAAAAUGUUGCAGAUUUAAAGCAAUUUUUUCGUCCAGAAAUCCAAGUUCUAGCAAAAAUGUGUGAGGAACGGUGUGCGCCCUCUAGAGUUGAUUUUCCGUUACUCUGAAAAUGAAGUCACGAGAGGGAGACAUGCACAGUUAAGUUAACGGACCGGAAAGCCGACUAUCGAGGGCAAAAUAAACAGACAUCGUGCGACUUUACUGCGGUAUCAACUCCCUUAACCCUUUUAUUCAGACGUCAUUCCUCCACCAUGAAGUAACUGAAAGUGACUGGACGUCUGUUAAUAUAAUGUUUUCAUCUCGGAGAUAAAUUUGGUCUCAGCUUUUUACUAUGGAACCAGAAACUAAAAAGCCUGAGGAGGGAGGCAGAGAAGAUGAUCUAACGAUAGGGAAGAUCACGCAAACCUUUGAAUCAUCAACUGCUGUGAUUACAUUCAGUGGAACCGCCCUCGGAUCAGACUCCGAUAGUCUCUCAUCAUCAGAUAACGACGACGACGACGACGACACCCACAAUGACAUACACAGGGACUCCCUCUCCGGCAAAGAGGAACAACGCUCAGCCCACUCCAUCAAGCCGGCCAGCUGGAAGGAGGAGAGCUGGAAGAGCGAUUCUGGCUUCAACAGCGACACUCCGAUGUCUCAGCAGGGGUAUUCCAAGAGAGAGUGCAAUCACAACAUUGAUAAAAACACACCAGCGUCGAACCAUUAUUCGCCAACUAAGAGUGGAACAAGACUUGAAACUACAUGCACAGACAACAACAGUAUCCCCUCAAGCGCUUUGUCAGCGACUAUACCAGAGAAAAAGAACAAUUCAUUCACAACCUCGUCUGAAAGCAUCUCAAAAGAAACUAUAUCUAUAACCUCUAGUGCGUUGUCUACAACUAUACCAGAGGAAAAGCACAAUUCAUUCACAGCCUCGUCUGGAAGCAUCUCGAAAGAAACUAUAUCUUUGGAGGGCUCGUCACCGAGGAGUAACGGCAGCGAGAGGUCGCAACGAUUCAAUCCGUUUAACAGGGUACCAUUUAUUGAGGAUGACCACUUUGAUACUAUGAGUAGCUUUCCGUCUGUAUCGGGCACCAACUUUGCAGGGUAUAAAGAUGAUUUUGGUACCCCGCAGCAUUCCACAUCCAGCGAUACUGACACCGAGGUGAGUUUGCCAUCCAAGGAUCUGGACCUGGCGCUGAUUACCAAUGAAGAUCUUGGUAUUACUGAGGACCACUUCUCACAACCUGAGGGAUGUUUCGGCUUCUCCAAGGUGGAGGAAUUGGAGAUGGCGAUAGAGCUGUGCAAGGAGUCUGUGAGAGAGACGAACGAACACACCGAGCAGAGAAGAGAGCUUAUAAACAGACUGGUACAGCUACGUAUGAAGCUACUAGAGAUUAAGGAGGGUACUGAGGAAGACCCAGACAUCAAGCAGGUUCUCGGACACAAAUUCUGCAAGAGGAAAGGCAAGAGUUCCAACCAUCAAUGUGAAAUGUGUAACUCGGUCAUCUGGGGUAUGCUACAGAGCUGGCAUAAGUGCUUAGAGUGUGGUUUUAGUUGCCAUAGCAAGUGUCUGAACUUUGUCAAACGACAGUGUGCAAGUACAAAGGUCAGCCAUCCUGUUUUUCCUGAACAUGCGGUUAAGAUGUUACACACUGUUACCCCGGACCCACAUAACACAGUUAAAAGUGACCAGAUAACAAAGCGAGGAUACAUCAUGGAGAUUUGCCCAGAGUCGGGGUUAGCUGCCCAGAAUUACCGCUGUGCGGAGUGCAGGGCUCAAUUGUCUUUCAAGGGAGAUGCUGUGGAGCCGAGGCAGUGUGACUAUGACGGUCAUUACUAUUGUAGUUUGUGUCAUUGGAAUGACACUGAGGUCAUACCGGCCAGGGUCAUCCACAACUGGGACUUUGAGACAAGGAAGGUUUGCAGACAGUCGAAGCAGUUUCUAAAGCUGAUGCUAAGGAGAUCCCUUCUUUGCAUACAGGAUCUGAACCCCAUGCUGUUUAACUAUGUGGAGGAACUCAGCCAAAUAAAGAAACUGCGAGAAGAGAUUCUUAUCAUGAAGAUGUAUUUCCUCUCCUGCCGGAAAGCCAUGGAAGACAAACUAUUACUUCAGUUGCAGAACAGACCACACUUUGUGGAGCAAUCGGACACGUACUCAUUACAGGAUCUGAUCGACACAAAAGACAAUACUCUGCUAACAACACUGUCUGGUAUCCACAGCAAUUAUGCAGUACACAUCAGAAUCGAGUGCCCGCUAUGUCAAGCGAGGGGGUUCAUCUGUGAGCUGUGUAAUACAGACGAGAUUCUGUACCCAUUUGACAUGAUUGCUGCUGUCUGUCCGCUUUGCUCAUCCGUUUUCCACAGGGAUUGUUUCUACAAGAGAGAUCAAGAAUGUCCGAAAUGUGAACGGAUGAAUAGAAGAACAAGCUCAGCGAGUAACAGAUAAGUAGCAGCGAAGCUUAA